CAUUUUCAAUGGCGUGCGCGUAGAGGGUAUAGUUAUGAUAAAUUGGUUUAAUUUUAGUCAGAGUUUUAAGAUGUCGUCGAUAAAAACCAGCGAAGCGGUCCCCUCGGGCUCCGUAAUCAAGUCCUCGCUUGCCGAGGUCUAUCAGGCAUUGCUAAGCGGAUGUGUUUCCUGUCCUGAAAGCCUAGUAAUAUUUCUUGAAGAGAAAAUAAUGAAGAUUAGGGGAAAUGGGAUUCAUGGGAAUGAAAGUGACUGGCCUCUUCCUGUCUGUUCCAUUCAGAAGAUAUCUGUGGGAUCUCCUUGUGGAAGCCAGGUCCUGUCAUCCUUGUUUGAGAAGGCGCACUCGUGGUGCCGAAAACGAUUAACUAAAAUGUGCUUCAAAGCUUGGAGGGGGUACGUUAGCACAAAGCGAGAAACGGCAGCGGAGCGGGCACUGAAGAUGAGCGGUGCAGCGGAGCGACACUCUCAGAGAGUCCUGCGGACCGCGUUGCACGGAUGGGCUACCUGGCUGCAGGUCCGCCGGCGGAGGCAGCAAGAAGCAGUCAGAAAACUGAGAAGAGUCUGGAAUUCUGUUCACUGCAGAGCAGUGCUUCAAGCUUGGCAUCGUUUCGCACAGGAAUCAAGGAAGACAAAGGAAAAUCUCAAGCUGGACACAGGACCCUGCGAGAAGAGAGACGGCAGCUGUGGGGUCCCCCACAUGGACUGGAAAGACGUCGUGUCCAUGCUACCUUGGAAACUUGCACUGAAGAUCCUCCAAUACCUGCCCGUUAGAGACCUUCUCAGGUGUGCCCAGGUGAGCCACUCAUGGAAGGCCAUCACCCAGAUGUCCUCUCUCUGGGGCAAGAUCAACUUCUCUGUGGAAAAAGAUCACGUCGAGGACAGUGCGGCCGUGCGAAUCCUGCAGCGGUAUCGCCCCUUUGUGGUCCAUCUGAACAUGCGAGGUUGUAGCGCCCUCCAGUGGCCCAGCUUUGAGUGCGCUGCCAAAUGUAGGAACCUGCUGGAGCUCAAUAUAUCUGAGUGCAAAGCUGUAAAUGAUGAAACUGUGAGGGUGAUUGUAGAGGGCUGCCCCUCUCUGCUCUACCUGAAUUUGUCUCACACUGCUGUGACUGAUACCACCAUUAGAAACCUUUCAAGGUGCUGUCUGAGUCUGCAGUACCUGAGCCUGGCUUACUGCAGAAACUUCACGGACAGAGGCUUACAGUACCUGACCACAGGGAAGGGCUGCCACAGGCUCGUCCACCUGGACCUCUCGGGCUGCACUCAGAUCUCGGUGGACGGAUUCAGGGACGUAGCCGUUGGGUGUAGCCAGCUGCAGCACUUCGAGCUCAAUGACAUGCCGACUAUCGUGGACAAAUGCGUGCUGGUCAUGGUCUCCAGGUGCUCCUCUCUGAACGCAGUCUCCUUCCUAGACACGCCCCACCUGUCCGACACCGCCUUUAAGGCCAUCGCUGAAGGGUGCCGGCUGCAGUGGAUCAGGAUUGAAGGCAAUAGUCAAAUGACGGACGGCAGCUGGAGACAUCUCACUAGGAACUGCCCCGGCCUCAGAUUCAUCCAUGUGGUGGACUGCCCACAACUCUCUGAUGCCAGCAUGAGAUCCAUAGGCUCUCUGAAGAACUUGACCUCACUCAGUGUUGCAGACUGCAGGAGGAUGAGCGAUGUGGGCCUGAGGUACUUGCUGGAGGGCCCCCCUGGACCGAAGCUGUGCAGCCUGAACCUGAGCAGCUGCGAGCGUGUCGGGGACAUGUCCCUAGUGAGGCUGGCACAGCGGUGCUCCAGCCUGAGACACCUGGAUCUCUCCUACUGCGAGCGCCUGACAGAUACAGGGCUGGAGUGCUUGGGACUCUUGUCCUCUCUUGUGUCCCUGGAUCUCACUGGAACCAACAUCCAGGACCAGGGUCUGGCAUCCCUUGGCAGCAUCGCGGCCCUAAGGAAUCUGAGUGUGUCUAAAUGCCCCUGGAUCACAGACGCUGGGAUAGAGAAACUGUGUGAAGAAGCGAGGGACCUGGAGAGUUUGGACCUGUCCCACUGCCUCGUGCUGUCCAAUCAGACAGUCAAGGCGCUGUGCUGUUCCUGUCGCAACCUCCUCGCCCUGCGUGUACGCGGGUGCCCUAAAAUGACGGACAUGGCGAUCCAGUACCUGACGGGGGUGAGUCACUACCUCCGGGAGCUGGACGUGAGCGGCUGCGUCCAUCUCACUGAGCGCACGCCCAAGCUUCUACAGCGGAGCUGCCAGCAACUGGCCUGCAUCUCCAUGCUCUACUGUACCGGCAUCCCCAAGCAGGCCGCGCUGCUCCUACGGCCGCGUGCACAGCAGUGGGAGCACAGCCGGGACAGCGUGCCCCCCUGGUACGGCUACAGCAGCGAGGACCAGCUGCUACAGCCCAUGAAGAUGGAGGUCCAGUGUGAGGGGCAUCAGGAGACCGACAGAGAGCAGCACUGGGGACACAGUUGUCAUGAUGACCACAGUCGUCAUGGUGACCACAGCUAAGCCCAUACCUGCCUACUGAGGACACGGGCAUAUCAUCGACACUUCACGCAUCCGCUCUGAGGGUCAGCGCAGAUGGUCUGUGGCUCACCAGUGACAGAGCUGUGGGUGUCUGUGCAGUCGUGCUUGGCCUCCUGAAGAUCCACCUCAGAGCUGAGCUCCAAUGAGGA